AUGGCAACCAUCUCUGCCAGCAGAACUGGCCCCGCCGCCGAUGCAUCGAGAACGGAAAUGAGCGCUUCGCACCCUUACACCUGCAACACAUGCCAGGUUGCCUUUCGGAACAGUGAUCUCCAGCGGGGACACAUGCGUAGUGACUGGCACCGCUACAACCUUAAGCGCCGUGUUGCUUCCCUGCCCCCCAUCUCGUCCGAGGUGUUCACCGAGAAAGUCUUGCAGGCUCGGGCUGAGACCACUGCGCAAGCUGACAAGGCCGGCUUCGAGCGGACCUGCGACACAUGCCAGAAGACAUACUACAGCGAGAACUCGUUUCGGAACCACCUCAGCAGUGCGAAGCACAGGGCAAGAGCAGCCGCUUUGGCGUCCCGGUCAAACGGUAAGGAUGAUGAUGAGGCCAGCUCCAUGUCUUUCUCGCUGGGUGAGCCCGCAGCGGAUUCGGUGGUCGACUCAGACGUUGAGGAGGAGUUCAACGAGGUUGUCGAGGGACUGAAGAACGCCGUGCUCCACGACAGCACAUCCCCUGUCAAGCGGCCGUCGAAGCCUCAUUUGUCUGAUGAAGCACAAAAUCGGCCAGGGCACCCUUUGUCCCAAACCUCAAGCGAGGAGGAGGCCGCUACAACGCCCUCGGCAGCUACCCCAACUGGCCCCAAAGCUGCCCCCGCAGUCCCGUCGCUCAAGACCUGUUUAUUCUGCAACUACGAAUCCCCGACACCGCCGCUUAACGCCACGCAUAUGGAGCGCAUCCACGGCAUGUUUAUUCCGGAAAAGCAAUAUCUGGUGAACCUCGAAGGGCUGCUCGCUCAUCUCCAGGAGCAGGUCUUUGCGCUAAAUGAGUGUCUCACCUGUGGAAAGGUAAAGGCCACCGCGUAUGCCGUGCAGACGCACAUGCGGGACAAGUCUCACUGCCAGAUCCCAUACACCACCGAAGAGGAGCAACUCGAGAUUGGCGAGUUCUACGACUUCCGUAGCACCUACUCAGAUGGGGAGGAAGGGUGGGAGGACGAGUCGGAGGACGAGGAGCAGCAAAACGGGGGUGCCAUGCUCGGGGCUAAGCGGGAGAGCAAGGUCAUUGGGGAGGAUGGUGACGAGGUAAUGGACGACGAGAGCUGGGAGACGGACAGCGAGGCAUCAUCUCUCGAUUCCAACGACCUUCACGCCGUCCCGGCCGAGCAACACUAUCACCAGUACGACCGCCUGAAUAAGCACCCGCACCACUCGCGCAGCAGCACCCGCACCCACCGUCAAGCCGACGGAUGGCACGCUCGCGCCCCCAAGCGCACGCACGCGGUAUUCUACGACGACUACGAGCUGCACCUCCCGUCCGGAAAAUCCGUGGGCCACCGGUCGCUCAACCGGUACUACCGCCAGAAUCUGUACAACCACCCUACGCCGGAGGAGCGGGCCGAGCGUCUCGCCAUCGAGGCGGCGGAGCGGGAGAACGAGAUGGACAUCGAGGGGGAUGCUGUUCGUUCCCGCAGGGAGACUGCUGCUCGUGGGCGCCAGCUCAUCACCAGAGACAUGCGGGGGCUUGGUGUCACCACCCUCGACGAUCGGCGGGCCAGGGCGGUCGUCAACAAGGGCCGGAAGCAGGAGUGGUCGAACCAAAAGAGCAAGGGCAUGCUGCAGGCUCGGCUGGCAAUCAAGGAGAGGGCUGCGCAUCCGGCCACCUAUUUGCGCUGA